AUGGCGGAUACGACCCCGAACGGCCCCCAAGGGGCGGGCGCGGUGCAAUUCAUGAUGACCAAUAAAUUGGACACAGCAAUGUGGCUUUCUCGCCUGUUCACAGUGUACUGUUCUGCUUUGUUUGUUCUGCCUCUUCUUGGGUUGCAUGAAGCAGCAAGCUUUUAUCAACGCGCUUUGCUGGCAAAUGCUCUUACCAGUGCUCUGAGGCUGCACCAAAGAUUACCGCACUUCCAGUUAAGCAGAGCAUUCCUGGCCCAAGCUUUGCUAGAGGACAGCUGCCACUACCUGCUGUAUUCACUCAUCUUUGUCAAUUCCUAUCCUGUUACAAUGAGUAUUUUCCCAGUCUUGUUAUUCUCUUUGCUUCAUGCUGCCACAUACACAAAAAAGGUUCUUGAUGCAAAGGGUUCAAAUAGUAUACCUCUGCUGAGAUCCCUCUUGGACAAAUUAAGCGCCAAUCAACAGAAUAUUCUGAAAUUCAUUGCUUGUAAUGAAAUACUCUUGAUGCCUGCUACAGUUUUUAUGCUUUUUAGCGGUCAAGGAAGUUUGCUCCAGCCUUUUAUAUACUAUAGAUUUCUUACUCUCCGAUACUCUUCUCGAAGAAAUCCAUAUUGUCGGACCUUGUUUAAUGAAUUGAGGAUUAUUGUUGAACAUCUAAUAAUGAAACCCGCUUGCCCUCUGUUUGUGAGAAGACUUUGUCUCCAGAGCAUCGCCUUUAUAAGCAGAUUGGCACCAACAGCUUGA